AUGGCACCAAAUCGAAGUUCAGCCAUCACACAGCUCUACGGAAAGGCAUGCUCAGAAUGCUCAAAAUCCAAAUGCAAAUGCAUCUCCACGUCAAGUGGUACCUGUGAGCGAUGCAGUCGCCUGAAAAAGCUUUGCGUACCUGGAAAUUCCGCGCGGGCAAGGAACACACAGCGCACUCGAAUCGAUCAAAUCGAGGGAAAACUCGAUAAUCUUGUGUCGAUAUUAGGCUCCGGUGGGGUUUUAAAUACUCCUAGUUCUGGAUUUGAUAAUAUAUCACCACCGGUAACUAGCUCCAGCACACCAACCUCUUUGGGUGCAGCUACUGCAGCAACAGGCUUAACAUCAGCGGCCUCAGCAGCUCCUGAUAUUUCGGCCGAAGGAAGCCUUGAUUACUUCCGAAGCCAUCUUUUGAAAUAUUUCCCUUUCCAUCUUCCUCCAGAUGUGAAUGCACAGCGGCUGCGUCAAGAUAGGCCCUUUUUAUGGCUGUGCUUAGUGACUGCAGCUUCCCAUUCAACGCAGACAAAGCUCGCGUUAGGUGACAAAAUCAAACGAGAAUUGACGCACCGCAUCUUCCUUGCCAAUGAUCCUACUGCCAUAAAUAUUGAUUUGCUCCUCGGCCUCUUGACAUUUCUUGCCUGGGGGCACAAUCAACUCCUCAAUUCCAAUCCCGCCCAAUUGGCCAGAUAUACGCAGCUAGCAACAACAUUGGUGUUCGACCUCCGCUUAAAUAAGCCCCCAGUGGAAGAGUCCAACAUGCUCUCAAUCAGCCAAAAUUUGCUCAGUUCCAAAGGGUUAACACGGUCCCUUGAAGAGAAGCGAGCUGUUUUAGGCUGCUUUGUAUUGAGCUCAAUCGUUUCUGUUUACUUUGGGCAUAUUGAUGCAAUGCAAUGGACUCCAUAUAUGGAUGAGUGUAUCUGUGCUCUGAGCCAAAGCAACGAGUCCCCAUACGACGAGAUGUUUGUACAUCAAGUCAGGCUACAGCGCAUUGUCGGGGAGGUAGAAAGUGCUCGAGAGACAUCAAAGGCGCCACCAGACUUUUAUUUGAAAUUUCUCCAACAGAAGGUGGAUGAAGUCAAGACCAGCAUAUCCUCGCGACUGCGGGAAGACCGUAAGUUCCAAUAUUCAAUUUCCAAUCAUUCUUCACAUUUGUUGACCUUUCCAUCAACAGGAGUACUUUCUGCUUCUGUAUUUUACACAGAGCUAUCUAUUUUUGGCCUGGUCCUUUCGCGAAAGAGCCCUCCAGGUUUCCAGAGACUUGAAUAUCUAUACACAUGUCUCAACACAGUCAAAAGUGCACUGGAAAACUUUUUCACUGUUCCGAUUUCAGACUACCCUGGGAUAUCGUUUCCCGUCUUCACGCAGCUCGUCCGUUAUAUCAUAGUUCUGUACAAGCUUUCAACUCUGAAUGAUUCUGUUUGGGAUCUCAACUUGGUCAGAUCGAGCAUUGAUGUUAUACAAGUGAUCGAUCAGGUCAUCAACAACAUUAAGCUCGCGAUGUCAGAAAUGGGUGAAGAGUGUGCAAGCGGCGUCCUGGAAAGAUCAAUUGGGAUAUUUUCCAGAUUCAAGUCUUGGAGUCUACCGAAUCUCCCUGUGCACGUGGCGCCCGAAGAAUCUGGAAUAAUUGAUCUCCCCGAUAGUGAAGAAAGCUACACCCAGCUUGACGCUCUUUUCUUUGAAGACUGGUGGUUGAGAGAUAACCUAUCUUUCGGAUUGGAAGCGAACGAAACCCCCUAG